CACUUUUUUCUGGUAUUCCGAUCUACAGCACACCAUUUAGCUGUGCUAUUCAAUUCUAUAAUCUCAGCAGGCUGAGUCAUUCAAAAGCCAGCCGUGCUCUGAUCAAUACCAACAUUAAACAUGCACGCCGUAGCCACCGCUCUCCUCGGGCUCGGGGGCGCUGCUCUCGUUGCCGCGCACGGAUAUGUCGACAAUGCGACCAUUGGCGGAACCUACUAUCGGUUUUACCAGCCUUACACCGACCCUUAUACAUCGCCUAUUCCUAGCAGAAUCUCCCGCCCCGUCCAGGGCAACGGUCCUGUCACUGAUGUGACGUAUGCUGAUCUCCAGUGCGGUGGUUACACUGAUGGUGGUAUUGUCGGUUCAUCUCCUGCUGCUCUACACGCACCAGCUGCUGCCGGUUCAACCGUCACUCUCCACUGGACGCUGUGGCCCGAGUCUCAUGUCGGCCCAACCAUCACCUACAUGGCUGCUUGCCCUAGCACUGGCUGCACGAGCUACAUGCCAGGCAACGCUGCCGUUUGGUUCAAGAUCUCCGAGGAUGGUCGUGACGGCACGAGCAACACCUGGGGUGACACUGGCCUCAUGACAGCCGGCAAUGCCGGAUACCAAUAUACCAUUCCUUCAUGCUUGAAGUCGGGCUACUACCUUGUCCGCCAUGAGAUAAUUGCUCUGCACUCUGCAUACAGCUACCCUGGCGCACAGUUCUAUCCAGGAUGUCACCAAAUUCAAGUCACUGGCUCUGGAUCUACCACCCCUAGUGGAUUGGUGGCUUUCCCGGGGGCCUACAAAGGCUCGGAUGCAGGAAUUACAUACGAUUCAUACCAAGCCACAACUUACACUCCUCCAGGCCCCGAUGUGUUCAGUUGCUAA